AGUAGACAUGGACUGUAACUGUAUUGAAAUAUAAGAAAUUUAAGAGCACAAAUAAAAAAUAAAGGUCCUUCUUGGUCAUUGCCUGGAGAGGUGAGUUUACAGCCCAGUUGGAAUUUCAAUGUCCGUGUAAACCAAGCAGUGCUGUGUAGCAAAGCUAUGCAAUAAUUUACGUAAAAUGUAUGUAGAAUUUAUAUUUUAUAAUAAUUAUAUUUAUUACUUAAUCAUGAAACUGUGGUGAUGCAUACAGUGUGUCACAGAAGUGAGCACACCCUUCCAAAGCUGUGUGUCAAAUUUCAAAGUUUACUACCAAUAUGUUAUAAAGUGUGUCACAGAAGUGAGCACACACCUCACAUUUCUGUAGAUUUGUAAGUAUAUCUGUAAUGGGACAACAUUUUUUAAAAAUCACUUUGACUCAAUGAAAGGUUGCCGUACAGUGUAUAUAAGUACCACCACUAGUGUUGGGAAAGUUACUCAAAAACUGUAGUGCAUUACUGAUUACUUGUUAGGCCUACUGUCUUUUCAAAAGAAUCCUUUACACUACAAUAUUACUACAUUAAAACUGUAAGGCACAACACUACUUUUGCAUUACUUGAGUUACUUUCGCCAAAAUAACUGGCCUAAAUAUGGAUCUGGCCAGUAUAACUCAAGCUCAUGAGUCAUGACUUUUUCACCUCCAAGUCCCAGGAGGUGUUUUUGGCAGCAUGCAGACUAAAAACUACCAGGUUCAGAAUUGGCUUCUUUCUGACCCACCACACUGAAUACCACUAAAAUCCAGGUAAUUGUAAUGCAUUUGUAACUUAAGUUAUUUAGCAUUGUAACUAAAUAAUUAUUACAGAUUUUGCCCUGUAAUGCCUUACAUUACUGCAUCACAGCAAAAAGUAAUGCAUUACAGUAAUUUAUUACUUUUGUAAUGCAUUACUGCCCAACACUGACCACCACCAUAUAGCCACUAUUUAUUGUCCACUCAAAAUAAUUCAAAAUAGCGCCAUUAGUGUCUCAAAAUGUACCCACAACAAAAGUGAGUACACCCCUAUGUUAAAAUCUCACAGAGAGGAUCAUGUUCUGCCUCAGUAGUCACAGUACAUGUUGACGUGCAUGUUUCUUUUGGUGAAAUUCAGCUUCCCAAUGUUGAUGGUAGGCCUAUUCAAACAGCCCCAAAACAUGUCAGGCCCAGUACCAUGCUUGACUAAGCGUGUCAACAUGUACUGUGACUACUGAAGCAGAUCAUCAUUGGGAUUGUAAUAAGAGUGUUUCGAGACAUUUUUGAGACUUCAAUGGCUGUCUUUUGAAUUAUUUUGAGUGAACCAUAAAUUGACAUUGUGAUAAGUUAUAAGUUGUACACUGGCUACCUUUCAUUGUGUCAAUGUCAAAUUACUUAAAUGUUUUCCCAUGAAAAGAUAUCCUUACAAAUAUGCAGAAAUGUGAGGGGUGUACUCACUUCUGUGACAUACUGUAUAACAUGGGCCUAUUGGCAGUUACUUUAAAAAAUUGACACACUGCUUUGGAGGGGUGUGCUCACUUCUGUGACAAACUGUAUAACAUAUUGGUAGUACCGUUUUGAAAUCUGACAUACUGCUUUGGGCAGAGACAAGGUCUGGGAAGUCUGAUGUAGCACUACCAACAGGUCAAAGUUGGACGUGCAUUCAUGUGCGUAGCUUUGUUUUCAAAAACGUGGUGUCAAUGGAAUUCUCAUAUAAAGGAGGAAAAACUUUUUUGUCUUUCCACAGGCUUUGUGAGGCAAUCCUGAGCUAUUUGGGGUGCCCUGGACCAUCGGGGAGUUUGUCUGCACCCUUAACGAGAUGGGCUUUAGUGAGGCCCAGAUCCAGGCUGCCAUGCAAGCAGGACAUUUCUCGGUUCCAGAAGCUGCUGAGUGGCUUCUGCAAGAAGGCGGAGGGCCGAGGCACAAACUGAUGAAGCAGCCUGGAGAGUCCACUGGGACGGCGUUCGCUGCUUUCAAUCCUCCCAUAGCAGGGCCGUCAACACCGAACAAUCCGGCGAAAGAAGGUGCCUCUCUGACUCUGGGCCAAGCGCCGCCCCCAGUACCGCCAGUCCAGACUCCACCACUGGAGCUGCGCAUCAGGCAGGAACGCAGCAGCUUCGAGGACCAGCAGAGGCUGAAAGUGGCAGAGGAGGCUCGGGCAGAGAGGAGGCAAAAGAAACGGGAGCGUGAGCUGGUGCUGAAGCGCAUUGCUGAGGACCGUCUGAUCCAGCAGGAGAAGAGCCAGACUGAAGCCGCGUCUGACACCCCAUGCUCCAGCGAGCAGGGCAACAGGCUUGGAGGACGCAUACAGACCAGUGUGGACAACUACUGCAUGCUAAUGAUUCGCUUGCCCUCUGGUGAGUCCAUGCGGGAGCGGUUCCCAGCCGACGUCCCCCUCUGCCGCGUUGUGGAGCACAUUGCCGCGCGCCACCCCUCCCUGCCCUCCUUCUCCCUGCUCCAGGGGUUUCCAAGGAGACGGUUUGGCGAUGCUGAACUGGACUGUUCUCUACGCUCACUGGGGCUCGUUCCCAACGCUGCACUCUGCAUACAGGCCACGUCUCCCGAGACGUCGCCCCCCGAGCCUCCCAGCCCCGUGUCCAGACUGGCCUGGAGGCCCCCUCCAGAGGAGCCCACACUGGGGCCGACACCACCUGCCGCUGCAGAGCCUCCUCCUCCUCCAUCUCCGGCUGCAGACCAGCGGCCCAUCCCUCAAAUCCCGCCUCCAGCAAGAGACGUAGCAGCUGCAGAGGAGGAGCACGCGCCACCAGGUGUGCCACCUCUGCUGCCGGCCCAGGUGUGGGAGGAGGCCCUGGGCUACGCUGGCAUCCCAGCAGGGGGCCCACGCCUCUCAGGCCCAUCACACUUUUGGGGCAGGGGCCACAAGCUGGUCCCAGGUGAUGUGGAGGACGGUGAAAGCUCUGAAGACGAGGAGCCUCCACAGAUGGAGCCGGAUCCUCACUUCUUACUCAAUGGUCUACCACGUUUGCCUUUUCUCCCUGGUGAUAACCAUGGCCGAGGUCAACCAGGGCCACGCCACCGGUGGCCCGAUCACGGCAACCGGCUGAGGGGAGCUGAGGCUGCGGAGCGUGCUGAGGAGGAGGAGGCGGCUCCGCUGGCACCCGGUGCUGCGGGGCAGGCGGCAGUGCAGCGUCUGGAGAGGGCGGGGCUCCAGGAGGAGGCAGGCGGGGCGCCGCAGGGACACCCCUCACCCCCCAAGAGGCCCUUCUGCAUGCCCGCCGUGCCCUCCCUCUGCGUCAUGGCCACACGCGCCACCGUCACCCUCAUGACAGCUCCCAGCAUGCAGUACAGCAGCAGUCUGGCCGGCCUGACCCCGGAGCUGGCCGAGCUGCUUCUGGGCCACAUGGCUCGUGAGCGGCUGCUGCGUCCGCGCACCCUCGAGCUCUUCUUCGGCUGCCCGCUGCAGAAGCUGGUGCUCAACAGCUACUCGUACGCCACCAACGAGCUGCUCCGGCAACUCCGGGCCUUCACCGCACUCAAGCACCUCAGCUUGGUCAACUCUCCUCUCAUUACAGACUCUGGGCUUUCUGUCUUAUCCAGCCUGUCGAAACUUCAGUACCUCAAUUUGUCAUCCUGCAGCAAAUUGACAGACUGCUGUCUACAAUACAUCACAGGUCUGAAAUGUCUGUCGUUCCUGGCACUGGAUCAGACCAAAAUAAGCGAUAGUGGCCUGGUGCUGUACCUGCGCUCGGCCCCGUCCUCCCUCGUCCAGCUCAGUCUGAACCAGACGGCCAUCACCGAGGCAACGCUGGCGGAGCUGCCCUCCUGCACACCCCAGCUCCGGCUACUCAGCAUCAAGCACACCAAGGUAGCGAACGUGUCGGCCCUCGCUGACCUGUGCAGUCUGCAGACGCUUCACCUGGACGGCACAAGUGUUAGAGAGGACUCCCUUCAGAGUUUGGCCAACCACGCGUCUCUCUUCGUCCUUAGCCUCGCCGGCAUACCAGUUGCGGAUGGCAAUCACACGUUGGAGCUCAUCGCAGAUCUGAGCCUGACCCAGCUGACUCUACCAGGCAGGCACUCAGUCACAGACAGCGGACUGCUCUUCCUAUCAAGACUUGUCAUGUUGUCAGAACUGGACCUGACCGACUACACGCAGGUCACUGACCAAGGGGUCACUCACCUGGCUGCCUUAACCAGGCUGAAGAAGCUGUCGCUGUGCAACACUCAGGUGUCGGACACGGGACUGCUGUCUCUGGCCAGCCUGCAGGAGCUGCUGGACUUGUGUCUGGACCGCUGUGCCGUCUCCAGCCGUGGCGUGGCUCGCCUCAUCACAAGACUGCCUCACCUUCAGGUCUUGGGGCUUGCGAGUACUCCAGUUGGAGACAGUGUGGUGAGGAGAGGCUUGAUUCACUGCCCAGAGCUGCUGAAGCUCAACCUCAGCAGAACACGCAUCACUGACCAUGGGCUGAAAUUUCUGCGACAGACCAAGCUGAGCCAAAUCAACCUGGACGGCUCAGGAGUCACUCUGGUGGGGGUGGCGAACCUCAUCUCCUGCUGCCCACUGCUAACCAGCGUGCGCGCCAGCCACAUACGGAGCAUCCCUCCAGACCAGCUCUCCGACGACGAGGGUGACGUUGGUGCUGUUCACUGAGUCAUGAAGGACUUGACGUUGUUCCCCAGCUUCAUCCCAAUCAAAAGCUUGCCCCCCACCUCACUGACAUAGCCAAUGAAUGAUCCUGCAUGGACCUAGUUUUAAUCCUGAACACACUUAAGAUGGCUAUGGUUUACAGAAAGUCAAAGAGUCGGGCAGUGUAGGCUCUUGUAGUCUGUAAUGGGUUUCUGCAAAUACAAAGUAAUGAUGCUUGCCGAUCCCCCAAACCACUGGAAUAUUUAAAAAUGUCUCUUUUCCCAACGGCGCUAGUGGCACUUGGUACAUGGCCUUGCCUUUUAGUUGGACAGCAACUUGAGUCCUGUGUACUGUAGACGCACCUUAUUGUUUGCCAUCACUGCCACGCUCCUACAUUCUCACUCCCCCACGUAGACGCCAAAGAAACGUUUCACUUGUUGGCACUGUUGUUUGCAAAUGUGUAGAAAACUAAUUAGUACUGUGCAUUGGGCAGUACACAUCGUUGGUUUGUGUGACAAGGUUUCACCUUCUACAAGAGCAAACAUCUUCAGGUUUACACAUAACUUUCAAGACCCAAAAGAUGGUGGAUCAGUACGUCUCAGACCCUUAGAAACCGCACAGCAUGCAGGGAAUCACCCAGAGGCAAAUGUACUUUCUUCUCCAUUCAAUUAACACAUAAUGUUUCAGAAAUAUUUGCGAAUAUACAAAUUUAUGCGAAGAAUGCGUUUAAGAUCUUAAACUGUCAUUACUUAACGUCUUACCCAUCCUCCAAUACAGCCCAUGCUGGUUGAAUUUACCGCCUCUAAUUGUAUCCUGUUGUAGAGCCAUUGUUUCUUAUCCAUCAUUAAUUCAUUGAACUUGUAACAUUGUCUACAUAACUUAAUUAUUUUCAAGCAUUGGGUUACCUAAAUUCUUCUGUCAAUGUCCCUUAAAUUCGUUUUGGGAUUAACCCUUAAAUACACGCCCUAAUUUCGCUUUGUCAUGUUGGUGGUCUGAUGUCCUUGUUCCCAACCAUUUUAAAGCUGGGAUGAUCCAUUCAUAUUUAGUGUGUUCUGUGCCAUUAAACCUUAAGGAAACGGUUCCAAAUGUAGUUUGCCGAUUAUUUCAGGUUAAGUCAUUUUGCAGGUUGAAAAAAACUAUGUAAAAUAAGGGAGUUAUGCAUCGCAAUCUGUUCAAGCAGCAUCUGUGGGAAUAUUUAUCUCAUUCGAUUACUAAAAAAUGCCUCUGUCCCUGUCAAGCUAGCUCUGAACAGACAGUUCCCAUCUGAUAGUUUGUCAUUCCUACAACUGCUAAUUUAAUUUUUCAUAAUGUCAGCUUAAGGACAACCAGGCAGGCAAGAAUUUGUGUUUGGACAUGCAUAGGUAUUUUGAGGGGUAACUGGCCAUGUUUAAUGAACUCUUUCACAUGUAAAUGUGUUUUUUUUCAUAAUGUAUGUUUAAAUGCUCUGGAAGUGUUUUGUAACCAGAACGGAAUUAAAUUAAUUAAUAGAG